UUUGUAGAAUCACAGUUGUGGAUUGUGUGUGCUUUUUUACGUUCUCCCUGAUUUUCUCCUGCAUGAUGCAUCGUUCCGUCAUCCGUCAUUAUCAAUACUUUCUGCCUAAUAAAUGCCUCGUGUUAAGUGAAUCUUCAGACUGUCGUUGCGUGUGAGGUAAUUUUUUUAAGAUGAGAGCUGAAGACUCCGCUGCUGUUGGUACCACAGACUAUCGAGCUUUAAAAACAUCAAACUUCAGCUCCAGAUGGGCGCACACUGGCACCACCAUCAACCGGAGACACAGGUAGAGAGGAAAGCUUCGUGCUGUUGCAGAAGGACAAGACGCUUGUAUGGAAGACACUAUGACACCACUGCACCUCACAUCGCUGCUAUGCCAUCACAGAAAUAUCAGCAAGUCACCCGGACAACUCGUGAGCUUCUUGGUUAACAUCCUGUGGAUAGUGAUGAUUGGAUUUAUGGCACAAUCCUGGUCGCUAACCUCUUCAGAAACUCAACCGCACUCCAUAAAGAUCGAGGGAGAUAUCACUCUCGGGGGCCUCUUUCCAAUACAUUCCAGGGGCCCGGCCGGUGUUGCUUGUGGGGAAAUUAAAAAGGAGAAGGGGAUCCAUCGUAUGGAGGCCAUGUUGUAUGCGUUGGACCAGAUCAACAGUGACCCAGACCUGCUGCCUAAUAUCACCCUAGGUGCCAGGAUACUAGACACGUGCUCCAGGGAUACCUAUGCGCUUGAGCAGUCCCUUACUUUUGUUCAAGCCCUCAUCCAGAAAGACACCUCGGAUGUUCGAUGUUCCAAUGGAGAGCCACCCAUCAUCCCAAAACCAGAGCGCGUGAUAGGGGUCAUCGGGGCUUCGGCCAGCUCAGUGUCCAUAAUGGUGGCUAAUGUUCUUCGACUGUUUUCGAUACCUCAGAUCAGUUAUGCUUCCACAGCACCUGAGCUUAGUGACAACAAUCGCUAUGAUUUUUUCUCUCGAGUGGUGCCGCCCGAUUCUUUCCAGGCUCAGGCGAUGGUGGACAUUGUCAAAGCCAUGGGGUGGAACUAUGUUUCCACUUUGGCAUCGGAGGGAAACUACGGAGAGAGUGGUGUUGAUGCUUUUAUCCAGAUAUCAAGGGAAGCAGGAGGUCUUUGCAUUGCACAAUCCAUUAAAAUUCCCAGGGAGCCCAGACCAGGAGAGUUUGACAAGAUCAUCAAGAGGCUAAUGGAGACAUCUAAUGCCAGAGGAGUUAUUAUCUUUGCCAAUGAAGAUGAUAUUAAACGUGUACUGGAAGCAGCAAAAAAAUCCAAUCUCACAGGUCACUUCUUAUUUGUGGGCUCUGAUAGUUGGGGAGCAAAGAUUGCACCUAUCCUAAACCAGGAGGACGUUGCAGAGGGUGCAGUCACCAUACUGCCUAAGCGGGCAUCCAUUGAGGGGUUUGACCAGUACUUUACCACAAGAUCUUUAGAAAACAACAGGAGGAACAUCUGGUUUGCUGAAUUCUGGGAAGAUGAUUUUAAAUGCAAACUCACAAGACCGGGGAUCCGAACGAGCAGCGGGCUGAGGAAAUGCACAGGAGAAGAACGAAUCAGCAGAGAUUCUCCGUACGAGCAGGAAGGGAAGGUUCAGUUUGUGAUUGACGCGGUUUAUGCCAUGGCCCAUGCGAUCCACAGCAUGCACAUGGACCUCUGCCUGGGUGCAAUGGGCGUUUGUGAUAAAAUGGAUCCUGUGGAUGGGAGAAUGCUGCUGAGGUACAUCCGAGCUGUCAGUUUCAACGGCAGUGCUGGUACAGGUGUUAUGUUUAAUGAAAAUGGUGACGCCCCAGGACGAUACGAUAUCUUCCAAUACCAGCUUUCCAAUAGCACCAGCCCAGGAUAUAAGAUCAUCGGCCAGUGGACCAAUCACCUACGACUCAAUGCUGAAGACAUGCAGUGGUCAGGUGGGGAAAAACAAGUACCAGACUCAGUCUGCAGUUUCCCCUGUGAGUCUGGAGAGAGGAAAAGGAUGGUAAAAGGCGUUCCUUGUUGCUGGCACUGUGAAUUGUGUGACGGCUACCAAUACCUCCUGGAUGAGUUUAACUGUGACACCUGCCCCUUCGACAUGAGACCCACCCCAAACCGCACCGGUUGCAGACCCACCCCCAUCAUCAAGCUGGAGUGGAGCUCUCCAUGGGCCAUUAUACCCGUAUUUCUUGCCGUGCUGGGAAUCUUGGCUACAUCCGGAGUUAUUAUCACCUUCAUACGCUUCAAUGACACCCCCAUAGUCCGAGCGUCAGGCCGAGAGCUCAGCUAUGUUCUCCUGACAGGCAUUUUUCUCAUUUAUGUCAUUACCUUCCUCAUGAUCGCCGAGCCGGGCACCGUGGUGUGUGGCUUUCGUAGACUGUUUUUAGGGCUGGGCAUGUGCAUCAGUUACGCAGCUAUGCUCACCAAAACUAACCGAAUAUACAGAAUCUUCGAGCAGGGAAAGAAAUCGGUCACGCCGCCGAAAUUUAUCAGUCCCACGUCGCAGCUGAUCAUCACCUUCAUUCUGAUCUCAGUACAGGUCCUGGGAAUUUUCAUUUGGUUUAUAAUUGUUCCUCCUCACACUAAUAUCGACUUCGAUGAGCUGCGGCCCCCCAACCCUGAGUUUGCACGGGGGAUCCUGAAAUGUGAUAUCUCAGAUCUCUCUCUGAUUGGCUGUCUGAGCUACAGUAUGGCACUGAUGGUUACGUGUACAGUUUAUGCCAUCAAGAGCAGAGGGGUUCCUGAGACCUUCAAUGAGGCCAAACCUAUCGGCUUUACCAUGUACACCACAUGCAUCAUCUGGUUGGCCUUCGUUCCCAUAUUCUUUGGCACGUCACAAUCCACAGAAAAGAUGUUCAUUCAGACCACCACGCUGACCGUGUCUAUGAGCCUAAGCGCCACCGUAUCCCUGGGCAUGCUGUACAUUCCCAAAGUCUACGUGAUCAUCUUCCACCCAGAGCAGAACGUUCAGAAGCGCAAGCGUAGCUUCAGGGCCGUGGCACAGGCGGCUGCCGUCACAUCUCGUCUCUCACAGAGAUUUAAUGAUAAGCAGAAUGGGGAAACCAAAAGUGAGGCAGAAAAAUCCUAAUAAAUGCCACAAAGGUAAAGAGCUUCAUGUGUUGCAUUUAAUGCUGUACUUCCUGGUAAAACAGGCUAAGGAGCUUCAAGGAAACCUCAAAUGGACAAGAGUUACUAAAAUGUGGUAGUUGUUGUAACAUUAACAGCAGCACCGGUGAUUUGGAGGAGAGUCAUGAAGAAAUAAUGAAUGCUUUGUACAUUAUGUACAGAACUUACAGGAGCAAUGGAUCUUUAUGAUGUGCAAGUCUUGCAUCAGCUUUGAGACUGUAAUGUAUUUGUCCCCUUUUAUAUUUCCCCUGUCAGCACUGCAUUGCCACCAAGUUCGUCUGAAGAAUGUCUAAAAUGAGUCUCUUUGGAAAAAGAAACAAGUCUGUCUGAAAAUGUGUCUGAAGAGUACACAUGUACAUGAAAUCAGACACGACUUUGCAGUAUUGUAGCAGAUCAAAUGGUCCUGGCAUCGAAAAUCGAGUCCAAAUACACUGAGGUUCCUUGAAAUUUUUGCUGUGAAAAUGUGCCAUAACUAUAUGUUUCAGAAGAAUAAAUGUAUUUAAGUGGUUUGUGUGCGAUCCUCAGAAGGGCAAUAUUUAGUAGUCUUAACCAUAUUUAUAUAGAUGACAAUCUGUAAUGACAUGUUUAGAUCUUUACAUGUUUGCUUGUUUUUUAAGAAAUAAUAUUUAUUUUGAAAGAUGCACUGUAUAUGGUAUAUAGGUAUAGACACAUUUUAGAAGAUUGAUUCAGUGAAAAUUAUGAUAAUCUAUUUGAUUUCAAUGAUGACAGUUGCUUGACAUUCAAAUAAUUUUUCUUUCAAAUGCAAGUGGCAUUCAGAGUUUCACUCAUGAUUUACAUCGGUAAAAAGAUGUUCAGUUUAUCUACUUAUUGUUUGACUUAUUGGUCAAAUAUCAAUUUAGAGCACAAUUCAAAGCAUUUUGAAUACAUUUUGUAUUUGUAGUAUUAUUUUCAAAUGUUGUCAAUAUUAAAUAAUAACAAUUUUGUCUUGGAAAUUGUAUUGAUUGAAUGCAUGUUAAAAAAAUGUUAAAUAAAAAAUAUGAAAUAAAAACCUCCACUUUGGCUCGGUAGCACUCAUAGUAUGAUACCAUCCGGAAUUAUCAUAUUAUUCUCUAUUAAAUAUUUCUGUUGUAUAGUAUCCUGUGCAUACUAUGUACAUUUUGUUUAUGCAUGUAAAAUCUGAGUGACCUACUACAUUUGAGCAUUAUAAUAGAGCAUUAGCACAAAGCAAUGUGCUCAACUUGGCAAAAAAAAAACAGAAGAAAUGUAAGCUGUGAUUUUAAAAAUUGUAUAUUUGACUCAUGUCAAAUGCUAUGUUUUUAAGAAACUGCUAACUUGAUGCAACUUGAUAAAGUAAUAAAGUAAAAACACUGCAGUUCCGUUACUCUUUAAAACGUUGCCUUAUCAACAACGUUUAUAUACUAUUAAAAAAAUAGAAUGCAGUAUAUAGCAACAUACAAUGU